AUGGUAAGUGUUUUCAAAUCACAACAUGUCAGCUCAAUGAAAAUUAGCAAUCGGCGAGAGUGAGCGAGAUGCAGACAUUUUCACGUGAAAAUCUAAUUUUUUGCAUUGAAAAAAAUAUGAUAAUUAUUUUUAAUAAAAACGUGAACUAGUCUGUCUCUUUUUCUGUCUGUCUCUUUUUUAAUUGGAGAGUUUCUCUGCGUCCCCAUCACUCUCACCGAUUGCUCUUUGACAUGAUGUGAAAUAUCAUUAUUAUUAAAAUUAAUAUUGAUAUUUUCGAAAAAUAAGGAAGUAUUGUUACAUUUAAAAAUCUAGUUCCUGUUGUCUAGUUCUUUUUUCCCUGAAGAAUUAAAAAAAAUAUUACCCAUUUUCAUGUUAGCGAUGUGUAGGUGUUUGCAGUCACAGCAAAUUUUUCUCUACGUCGCGUGAAACAAAAAAAAAUUGCAGUGUUACUCAGAAAACGUCUCAUCAGCCGUCGGCGAGAAAAUAUCACAGGCAUAAAUUCUUGACUUUCGAUUGCAACCAACAAGAUUCACGUUAGUUUUUGGCGAAAAUAUGUUUGAAUGCCCCAUUCAUAGUCCCAACACCAGUUUAGAAGUCGCAGCCAUGCCCUACUACUGCCAGAUAAAGGUCAUAAACAUCCACACCCAUGCAAAUCAGCCGUACCCCAUUUUAUCUUUAAAAAAAUCCUCACCUUAGUUUAAUUCAGCUUGUUACUCAAAUUUCUGCCAACUUUUUUCCACUGAUUGAUAUGAAAAGAUUAGAAAUACCAUCGUUUUCUUAUUCGAUCAGAAAAAUAAAUGAGGAAUUAUCGACCACGUUAUUCAGGACACGUUCCUUUUUUUUCAGAAAAACAAAUUGUACACGUUCAUUUUUCUAGAACAUUCUUUUCAUUUAUUUCGAAAUUUUCAGAUGUCCUCAACAAGACUGUUUUUGGCGUGGUCCAACUGAUAUGGCACUUCGUAAACAUAUGCAAGUUCACGGUGCAAAACAACCAGUUAUUUAUUCUGGAAACAAGCCAAAUGGAACGAAUUCGAAUGAUCCACAAGUAAAAGUUCAACUUGUACAACCGAAACCGAAAGGAGUGAAAUGCAGUGAAUGUGAUACUUUUGCAUAUUCGAGACCAUUGUUGUUGAGACAUAUGCAUGAUUCUCAUGGAAUUGAAGCGCCUCUUAUUAGAAGAACAUUUGCAAAUCGAGAAAUGUUACAGGUUGGUUGUUUUUUUCAAAAAUGCGAAAACAUUUCACCAGAAAUUGUUCUCCUUCUUGAUAUAAAAACUUUUCAUAAAAAAAUUCAUAACUUAUUUUCAGACUUGGCUCGAUUCACUUCGUGAAACCCACGCAGUCGAAUUCGUCGUUUCUUCUGGCUCGAAAAAAUGGGGACGUGGACUCCAAGUUCAUUAUUUGACAUGUUCGAGAAGUGGAGAUCAAAAAGAAAGACCGAAUAAAAAAUAUGUUCGGCCACCAAGACCAUCAAUUAAAUGUGGACGAAAUUGUAUGGCUUAUUUGAAGGUUAGAUUUUAAUUAGAAAAUUAUGGGGAGAUGAGGCUGAGAUUAUUUUUUUGAACCAAAUAAUGUUAUUCCAGAUAAAACAAAAUCCAACAGUUUCGGAACUUCAAAUUGAAGGAUGUUUACAUCACAGUGGACAUGAAAUUGAUCACACAAGAAUGAUGUUGGAACCAAAUGAGGUAAACAAAAAUUCCAGAUUUUUUUAAACUUCUAAAUUUUGCAGUUAUCGAGUGUUGGUUGUAUUGUUGAUGCUGUAAAUGAAGGAAUGGAUAUAAUGGGAAGUGUCGAAACACUUCGAUCUUAUCUUGGAAAUUCAGGAAGAUUUAGACUAGUCAAUGAUAGAGGAAUUAUUGAACAAAUGCCAGUUUGGUUUGAUCAGGUAAUUUUAUUUUUGAAUAGAUGGGUUCACACUUCGGCCAGAAUCGUGGUUUCCAAAAUAAAAAAUGUACGUUAACUUUUUAGAAUAGGAAAACUGUGCAUUUUUCAGUUUCUGCCCUCUAAAAACUGAAAUUCAGUUGUUUUUUCAAAAUUGUACUCUGGUUAGCCACAGAUUGGCCAAGGUGUGGAUGGAUUUAUGAUUAUUUGUUAUCCCAACAAUAGGCUACUUAAGUUGUUGAUUUUUCAUAUUUCUAAUGUUUCAGUAUCACCGUGCGAUGUCUGAUUAUAUGAAUGACGGAAGUCAUCCGAUUCCUUCAAUGUAUCGUGGAUCUGGAGCUUUGGCGAUUCCGGCAACACAAAACGGACAACCAAAAUCAGGAAGACGUUUUAAUUUUGCGAUGAAUCGAGAUAUCAAACGAGAAAUGGAUUAUGAAUAUAAAAGUGUUCCGAUUCGUUUUAAUGGAAAUACAAUUCAACGAAAUUAUGGACAACAACAAUCUUUCACACCAACACUUUAUGAUGAAAAGGUAAUAUUUUUGUUUCAUGAAAAUUAUGUAGGAAUAUUGUAGUUUGGACCACUUAAGAAAUCCAGAAUAUUAUUUUUUAAACGGUCGAUUACAUUAAAAAUUUGUAAUUUUGGAACUAAUUUUCUCAAAUAAUUUUUUCCAAAAAAAUCGCAAAAACGUUUGUUUUCCAGAAAAUAAAAAUCGAAAUAGAUGAAGAGGAAAAUCUAGCAUCACAAAGUUUGUUGAAUAAUGAAAAUUGUUUGAUGGAAAUGAAACAUGAAGAUAUUUUCGAUUCUCCAAUGAUUGGAGGCGAAGAAAGUCGACUUUUAGAAGAUGAUGAUAUUUUAUGUGGAGGAGAAGAAGCUUCUGGAAUAACAUCAACAAUUGAUGGAAUAUUAAAUGCAAAUCUUCCUGAUAAUUUUGGCGAUGUUAUGUGCGGAGUUGAUGAUUUGAAUACUGAUUUUAAUUGUGGAAUGGACGAUGCUGAAUUUAAUGAGGUAAAUUGUUUUAUUAUUUUUAAUUUGCAAAUUAAUAAAAAUUAUAAUUCUUUUCAGUUGCUCGGUUUUGAUUUCGAUCAACGUGGAAGUAUUAAUUGUUCGUAG